AUGCAACAUUCCAAGACAAGAGGAGGAAGGCAAGGACUUACCGGAAAACUCAAGACUUCAGGAGCAAACCAUGACAAUGCUUCCCUCCGAAGCUCGGGAAGUAGAAGUCCUAAAGCUGUUGACCAUCGAUUACAACGAGCUCCAACAUCCGAGAAGAAACGUGUUGGCAGAGUGUCUGAAUUGGAAAUUCAGCUUGCUCAGCUUCAAGAAGAGUUCAAGAAAUCAAAGGAGCAGCUGAAUGAAUCAGAGUCAUGUAAGAAGCGGGCUCACCACCAAGCCGAAGAAGCCAAGAAGCAUCUGUCGGCUAUGUCUGCCAAGCUCCAGGAGUCUCAACAACAACUUGACGAGCUUUGGGCUUGUGAAGAAUCUCGAAUUCAGGAACUCCGGAAAAUCUCACAGGAUCGAGACCGAGCAUGGGAGUCCGAGCUGAAAGCCGUCCAGAAACACCACUCCAUGGACACAGCCACAUUAGCCGCUGUCAUAAAUGAGAACCAGAAACUCAGAAUUCAGCUUCAAAAAAUAGGGGAAACUGAAGCCAAUCAGGCUAAGCAUGGCGAAGAGGUGCAGACGCUAAGGCUAGAACUUUCGGAAACUCUAGAUCUGGUUGAAGAACUCAAGAUCCAAUUGAAUGAAUCGAAGGAUUCUGAAGCCCGAGCUUUGGAACUCGUUAGUCAAACUCAAGAAGAAUUGGAUAUGGUGAAAUCAAGAGAUGCCGGAAAUUUGACGGAAGAAGAAGCGGUGGUGGCGGCAAAUGCUGAGAUGGAGAGUGAGAUAAGGAGGCUGAAAGUGCAAAUGGAACAAUGGAGGAAGGCGGCGGAGGUGGCCGCGGCUAUGGCGUUGGGUAAUGGUGGAGAUGGGAAGUUUGUGGAGUCGUUUGAUUUCCAAUCGAAUUCUUCGCCAUAUUCGGAAGAUACAGAGGAUGAAUCAUCGAACAAAAAAACCAGCAACAUGUUGAAGAAGAUCGGAGUGCUGUUGAAGAAAGGUCAGAAGUAGAUUUCAUUUGAUCUGGCGUAUGUUCUUUUAUAUGUAUGAUCCAUUGUUAAAUAGGUUAUAAGUACAUAAAAUGCUAAUUUACAUGUUGUUGAGGAAACUGCGUUUAUACAGGAUAAUUGUAAUGCUACUUG